AUGAAAGCACCUGUAUAUAUGUAUUAUCGACUGACUAAUUUCUACCAAAACCAUCGACAGUAUAUCAAGAAUUUUGAUGAUACUCAAUUGCUAGGCAACAGAGCAUCUGGCUCUACAUUACGUACCAAUUGUGAUCCUCUUGCUUAUGACGACACUGGAAAAAUCAUUUAUCCAUGUGGACUCAUUGCUAAUUCUAUGUUUAAUGGUAACCAUUUUGUUUAUUUGAGACUACGUAAUAUUGCCUGGCCAUCUGAUAAACAAAAGUAUGGUCGUACUCAAUAUCAGCCAUCAGAGAUUGUCCCUCCUCCCAAUUGGGCACAGCGGUACCCUAAUGGACAAUACACCAAUGAAUAUCCUCCUCCAGACCUCUCUACUCAAGAACGCUUCAUGGUCUGGAUGCAUGUUGCUGCUUUGCCUGAUUUCAGAAAGAUUUGGGGACGCAAUGAUACGCUUGAUUUACCAGCUGGAAGAUACAGGGCUUAUGUAGAUAUGAACUUUGAUACACGUCAAUAUGGAGGUGAGAAAUGGCUUGUGCUGUCUACGACAACAGGUAUGGGAGGUCGUAAUCCUUAUUUGGGUAUUGCUUAUAUGUCUGUGGGUGCCUUGUGUAUCUUUUUGGGCCUUUUGUUUACCAUUCGACACUGUAUUAAACCUAGAAAGUUGGGUGAUGAAUCUUAUUUAUCAUGGAAUCAACCUGGUGGUGGAUUACCGAACGACGUUUAUGUUGCACUUGCAGUUCAACCUUAUUGUCAACCUGGUUACAAACCUAUUGGCGAUAAAGAUUUGCAGUUGGACCUAUCUAAGCUCAACAAAGACUUUGUUGUCUUUCAGAACGAAACAACACCACCUACAGUGACUUCUAUCAUGACCCAGAUCAAUUUAUGUGAUCCUUUGAAUAUUCCUGACGAACCCGAGAAUCAUGACAUCUGCCCUAAAGGCACUCUUAUUUGUAGAAGAACCAUUCAUGUCAAGAAAAAUGUAGAGACUGUGAAUAUUGUUCAACCUAUUGCUAGAGACAUGGACAAUAAAUUGAAUGCUGAAUUUAAGCCUGUUCGAUCUGAGGAUGAUGCUACAAAGAGUGGUUAUCAGUAUUCCGUCAACUUAAAUGGCGGUGAAUAUAAUGGAAGAGCACAAUCUGCUCUUGUCACUUUGGAAUGUGAUGAAUCCCAAUCCCGCAGUGUAAGUAUAGCAUCAGAAAUAAGGCGAAAUUCUAAGAAAAGAGCGGGAGAUAGGAUGAACCAAAAAGCCCUGUCAUUAUUUCAUACAAUAACAAUGUAUUGA